AUGCCAAAGCCACACGCUCUGGUGGCGCUGCGGCGGCGGUACGGCCUGCUGGCGGCGAAGGGGAACGCGCAGGCGAUGUACAACCUCGGCCGGAUGCAUGAGAGAGGCGAGGGCGGGCCCGAGGACGCUGUGGAGGCGCGGCGCCUCUACCGCUUGGCGGCGGCGCAGGGGCAUGCUGAUGCGCAGUUCAGGCUAGGCGUCAUGCACUGGCACGCCGAGGGUGGCCCUGAGGACUGCGCGGAAACGCGGAGGCUGUUCGGCUUGGCGGCGGCGCAGGGAAACGCUCAUGCGCAAUGCUUUCUCGGCGGCAUGCAUGAUGCCGGAGAGGGUGGGCCACAGGAUCUCGUCGAGGCGCGACGGCUGUACGGCCUGGCGGCGGCGCAGGGGCAUGCUCGGGCGCAGUUCCACCUCGGCGGCAUGCUCGCCAACGGCGAGGGCGGCCCUGAGGACUGCGCGGAAGCGCGGAGGCUGUUCGGCUUGGCGGCGGCGCAGGGAGACGCUGAUGCCCAGUGCGACCUCGGCGCCAUGCAUGAUGACGGAGAGGGUGGGCCACAGGAUCUCGUCGAGGCGCGGCGGCUGUACGGCCUGGCGGCGGCACAGGGUCACGCUCUGGCGCAGUUCCACCUCGGCGGCAUGCUCGCCGACGGCGAGGGCGGGCCCGAGGACGCUGUGGAGGCGCGGCGCCUCUACCGCUUGGCGGCGGCGCAGGGGCAUGCUGAUGCGCAGUUCAGGCUAGGCGUCAUGCACUGGCACGCCGAGGGUGGCCCUGAGGACUGCGCGGAAACGCGGAGGCUGUUCGGCUUGGCGGCGGCGCAGGGAAACGCUCAUGCGCAAUGCUUUCUCGGCGGCAUGCAUGAUGCCGGAGAGGGUGGGCCACAGGAUCUCGUCGAGGCGCGACGGCUGUACGGCCUGGCGGCGGCGCAGGGGCAUGCUCGGGCGCAGUUCCACCUCGGCGGCAUGCUCGCCAACGGCGAGGGCGGCCCUGAGGACUGCGCGGAAGCGCGGAGGCUGUUCGGCUUGGCGGCGGCGCAGGGAGACGCUGAUGCCCAGUGCGACCUCGGCGCCAUGCAUGAUGACGGAGAGGGUGGGCCACAGGAUCUCGUCGAGGCGCGGCGGCUGUACGGCCUGGCGGCGGCACAGGGUCACGCUCUGGCGCAGUUCCACCUCGGCGGCAUGCUCGCCGACGGCGAGGGCGGGCCCGAGGACGCUGUGGAGGCGCGGCGCCUCUACCGCUUGGCGGCGGCGCAGGGGCAUGCUCGGGCGCAGUACAGGCUCGGCGGCAUGCUCGCCAACGGCGAGGGCGGCUCUGAGGAUUGCGCGGAAGCGCGGAGGCUGUUCGGCUUGGCGGCGGCGCAGGGAGACGCUGAUGCCCAGGGCACCCUCGGCGCCAUGCAUGAUGACGGCGAGGGCGGGCCACAGGAUCUCGUCGAGGCGCGGCGGCUGUACGGCCUGGCGGCGGCGCAGGGGCAUGCUUUGGCGCAGUUCCACCUCGGCGCCAUGCUCACCGACGGAGAGGGUGGGCCACAGGAUCUCGUCGACGCGCGGCGGCUGUACGGCCUGGCGGCGGCGCAGGGGCAUGCUUUGGCGCAGUUCCACCUCGGCAUCAUGCAUGCGAACGGCGAGGGCGGGCCCCGGGACGACGACGAGGCUCUGCGGCUGUACGACCUCGCGGCGGCGCAAGGCGACGAACGUGCAGAAGACGCCGCUUCCGACCUCCGUGCCGCCCUCGCCGCCACGGACGGGGAGGAUGAGGCUCUGGCGAGUGCUCCCGACGUCGACGACGACGCCGACGAGGAGGGCGCCCCGAUGAGCGCGGACGGCUUGCGCGUCGCUGGCGCUUGCGUCCGCGCGCUGCAGGACUGCAACCAGCACCCGCUGCCGCCAAAGAGCUACGAAUGCCCCGUCUGCCUCGACACGGCCAGCGAGUCGUGGCCGCAUGAGAGACGCUGGCUGGGUCUGCCGGGCUGCGGGCACGUGGUUUGCUCGUCGUGCGCGCUCAGCCUCGCCAACGCCGGAAACUGCGAGUGCCCGCUCUGCCGGCAGUGCUGGCACCUGCCCAAGCUACAGGUGGGCAGCCGCGUCACCAUCCUGUACAACGAGUCCGCCGACGACCGCGAGGAGACGCCUCCGAGUAGCAAGGGCCUGGCCGCGCGGAGUGCUGCCUCCGCAAGCCCGGCGGACGGCAAGGGUGGCGGCGGCGGCGGCCUGCCGUUCGCAUCGCGCGAGCCGGCAAGCGACCGCAUUUCCUUUUGGAAGCGGGCCACGAAGCUGCUGCACCGGCGGUCGGGGCGCGUGGAGGCUUUGGGCGACGCGUCCACGCGGCGCGCCGUCGCGGUGCGGCUGGAUGAGGCGGUGGGGGACGAGUCCGAGGGGACGGGGCUGGAGGUCGCCGUCGUGGGCGUGCCGGAGCCGCAUCUCUUCAUCGUGGAGGAUGACGCGCUGUCCAUCUCUCCCUCGAUGGCCGAUGCGCUCGCCAGGCCAACCGCCUACUCGCUGGUGCAACUCGAAGCCCUCAAGCUGCUCCCGCCUGCGCUGGUGCACUGCUCUGCGUGCGAGGCGCGCUUGCCGAGCUCCGCCUUCUCCAAAAACCAACUCAGACGGCAAGAUGGCCGCUGUAUAGCGUGCGUGGACAGCCGGAUAUUCGCUCCGUCACCGCCUCUGCUAUCGCCGCCUCCGGAUCCGCCACCCGCUGCCCCGCCGCCUGCUGCGCCUCUGCCGCCCACUUCUGGCGUCGAGCCCGGGGCGGAGCUCGCGGAGGCGCCCUCCCCAGUGGACGCGGCGCUGGUGGCGAGGAUCGCGGAGCUGCUCGGCUUGGAGGAGGCGCUACAGGAGGACGGCGCGGCAGAGCUCAUCCGCCGCGCAAACACGCUGUGCGAGAUCGACGGCGAGGGGACCCUCCAGCAGCAGGCCGAGGUCGCCCUCCAUGUGAUCACGACAGGGGCACAGCCGCCGCAUUCCCCUUCUCCCCUCAACCCGUCUCCGCUGCCGUCGCGAGAGGCGACCGCAUCGCCCGCUCCCUCGUCGCUCAGCUUCUCCGCUCCCUCGUCGCUCGGCUUCACGUGCUUGGGCACCGAGAAUCUGUCGAAGAUGGCCAUGUCCUUCUUCAAGAGUGAUGCCUACCUUGUGGCGCAGCGGGUGGCGCACAUGGCGCUGGAGGAGGCGGCGGCCGCAGUCGGUGGAGAGUCGGAGAAGGAGGCGUCGGCGCGGCAGCGUGGCGUUUCCCUCUCGAGAAACGUCCUCGCGAUGGCGGCCGACCAGCUCGCGCAGCAGGGCUGGGCGGAAACCCUCGCUCUCAACGAGCAGCUGGCCCGAAACGUGUCCAACGUCCUUUCGGCAGCUCGCAACGUCAAGGAGUCGGCGAUGGACGCCGCAGGCGCUGCCGACGCGCAGCUGGGGGACGUGGACUUGCUCUCGCGCGUGGGCGAGGACGAGAGGCGCAAGCUCGAGGCGAAGCGGGCGCAGUCGACGGCGCUGCUCGAGCGCGCAACCGAGCUGAUACGCUCCCUGGAGAGGGAGGCGGCCGAGACGUCCGACGGCAAGUCCGCGGCGAUGCGCGAGGAGCUGCAGGUGCUGCAGCUGCAGAUCGAGAGCAUCCGCGACGAGAACUUGCAGCUGCAGGCCGAGCUAGCGCGAGUCCAGUCGGAGCGGGACGAGGCGAUCGAGACGCGCGACGACAUGCUCUCAACCAUGGACCAGCAGCCAGCUGGGGCUGCAGACGCCCGAGGGCAGGCGCGGGCAGAGCAGCCCGACUGCCGCGCACCGAGCGAGAAGCUAAAGGAGCGGCUCAGGGACGGCCAUUGGACGCUCUGCAGACAAGGCGGUGGCCAUCCGGUGUACAAGCGCACCGUCGUGCUUCAGGACGCCACAGAGACCACGGUGCAGGUCUUCAGCCACGCGUCGACGCCCUCCGAUUGGCGUAGCAUGCACAACGCGCUGUCAGAACUUCGAGCGAAGGACAACGGCGUCCUGCAAGCGAUGCCGCUGGCGGACGGCGCGCAGCCCGCUUUGUUUGUGCGGCUGGAUGAGCUGCACAAGGAGAGGAUAGAGUUGGAGCGGCAGCAUGAGUUGAGGAUGGAGCGGAUCGCGGAGGAGAUCGCCAUGAUUGAGGCCAAGUUUGAGAACGCGUAUGGGUAGAGCGAGUCGAGACCGGAGUAGCGCGCGGCUCGCGGCGGAGGGUCGUCGGAGGGCGGGCCGGACGCGGUGCUCCACGCCGAG